CUCUCUCUCAACCAAACGAAGGAGAAUGAAGGAACGAACCAAAACAACACAACAACCCUACGACGGGGUUUGAUCGUAGUAGCGUCAACGCGCGGCGUCAGUAGUGCCCUUACAGUGCGACGAUUUAGACGUGAUUUAGUGUGUGGCGCGCGCUUUGUCUCGUAAUUCCAUCGUCGGCAGUUGUUUCCGAUCGUGAGUUCUGUUUGUUGUGGUUCUGUGAGUGUUUGGGAGAAUAAAGCUAGAAGGAUUGCAACGAUACACGGGAUACUUUCUAGUGGCUUGGUGUUCUCGUUUCGUCCAAAGGAAGAAAAAGGAAGAACGUAGCUAGAGAACAAGUGUUCGUGCGAAAGGUUGAAGCCUAGUGAAGCAAAGUCACGUGCUGAAGCAGGCUUCGUGAUAGAGUGGCACGUGCAAGAAGCGUACAAGAAACCAGUGUGCAAUAUCGUGCAGUGAAGGGUGCCGCACAUCCCAGACAUCCCGGCUCAGGGUGCAAUUGGUUCAUUGAGAUCAAUUGAGAUCAACCGAGUCUUGGUCUACGAACCGGAGUGCAAUUGCAGAAAUCGAGAGCAAUAACAAUUGAGUGCAAUUGUUCUAACCGUGCGUGAAGUUUACAUGAAAAUGAAUGUUCAUCAGUUCAUGAAGAGUCCCGAUUAAAAGCCUACGAAACCGUUGUAAAACAGAGUUACUAGAAGAAAAUAGUGCCCCCAGAAUAGGGAAGAAAAAUAAUACUCGUAACAAAUACUUAACCUCAACUCCUGCCACAAACAAACCACCAAACACAAUGGCCAUUCCGUUUCUUCAACCGGAAGACGACGAUGCUGCCCGGCUGCAGCAUGCCACCACCCAGUCCGGACCGCCGACACUCGGACCCGUUUCACCGGGUCCCGGCUCCAGCGGUGGUCCCCUGCUGCAUCCGCCACCGUCGCCACUGGUCAGCGGAUCGAUACCGAUUCCGGGAUCACCCGCCCCCAUCGGGGUGCCUCCUCCACCGCCAAGUGGAACGUCCACUGCCGUCCAAACUCCGCUGCUGGGACCGGCCGGGCUGAUGCACGGCGACCAGCUGGUGCAGCUCUUCUACGAGGCGCUCUACCGCUACUCGCGAGGAGACACCCCCUCGACACCGAUCUCGCAGUCGCCGCAGAGUUCGUCCUGCAGUCCGUUCACCACCGGGUACUACAACACGCCACCGGGAGGCCAGGUGUUCUUCCCGCAGACGCCCAGUGGAGUGCUGCCGCCGAGGACACCGAACGCGGCCGGAGGAGGUGGUCGUGGUGGGGCCAGGAUUUUCUUCGGCCAGCCCACGCCCAGCCCCAGCGGCAGCAGCAGCUACAGCAGCAGCCAGCACAGUGCCAACAGCCCGGACGCGAGCCACACGACGACGCCGGCGUCCUGUUCGUCAGCGGCGCCCAUUUUCCACCAAUUCCCAUCGAGCUUUUCGGGACCCACCGCCGACGGCGGCUCCACCACAACACCAGCAAUGGCCGGCCAGCCAACUUCCUGGCCGGACGACGGCUCGGAAUCGAGCGAGUCGGACUCGUCCCAGCCCUCGAGCUCCUCGGAAGCUGCGCCCACCGGAAAUUCCCCCACCGGGUGCAGUUCGCACUGUCUGGGACUGGGUCAGCUGCACCAGCACCGCCUUCACCACCACCAACAGCCGCUGGACGUCGGGGGUGGAGGUGGCCCAAGUGGGUUCAUUCCGCCCCACCUGGACUUUAUGGCGGGUCGGGAGCAGCUGCAGGAGUUUGCCGGAAAGAUCCCCCAGCGUAAGAAGAAGUCCAAGGCCGGCGGCAAGUCCAAGAAAGCGGGGUUCCUGGAGCAAACGCUGGUGUGGCCUACGCUGGCCGUGACCGCAACGCUGAUCGCCCUCGGCUGCGGACUUCUGGCCGCCCGGUGAACACCGUCGUCGCUCGUCAUCCAGAGGCCAUUCGCUAAUAGCUGUGAGCUGCAGCAGUAAUUACAUAUCGCGUAUUUGUGGAGCAAAUCGAUCGGCGCGUGGUCUAGAUAUCCUCGAAAAAGGGUGUCCCGCUGGAAAAAAAAGGAAACACACUCACACACGCGAUAGACAAUUUACCAUCCCAGAGGAGAAAAAGGGCGUGCAAAAAAAGAGAAAGAAAACUCAUUUUUCUUACAGUUAGGCUAAUUAGUUGAAAGAGUAACCCCCCGUGUAGCGAGUAAGAGAUUUUAUUUUUAUUGAAACCUUGAAUUACGAAACCAUUUUGAAAUCCAUUGGACGGAUUGUGAUCUCGAUUUUUAUUUUUUUUUUCUGCAUGUAAUUCUCGUAUUUUUUUUCUCGUUCUUGAAAUCGUUAACAAAUUCAGAGUUUAGACGAAAAUCGAUAGACAAAUGUAAAUCCCAAAGUGAAUGUGAUUGAUUUUUUAAACGAUAAAAAAAUAUCUUUUUUUGUUCAUUUUCAUACAUGUAAUGUUAUAGAAAGUAGAUGAUAAGUGAAAAGCAAGAAUUUCUAACCAUAUGUUGAACUCAAUAUCGUGUAACGUUUGCAACACAGCAGCAGAGUGUAGCCAAUAAAGAUUUCCGUACCGCUUAAGCAAAACUGAUCUUUAGUUGAAACAGACAGCCAUCGGAUCGGGUAGUGUAA